AUGGCGAGCGAAGCAAUCGCUCCUUCUCUUCUCCUCGUCGAUCUCGGCGUCGACUCAGCCGCCUUUAGGUUUCCUUCUCAUCGCCGCCCACUCUGUUUUCGCUUCCGCCGAGAUUUCGUAUUGGCUGGAGCUCGGAUCAUGCCGGAUGGCAGGAGCCCAAUCCCAACCUGCCCCGAGUGCGGGAAGAGCUUCCCGUCGAACAAGUCUCUGUACGGCCACCUCCGGUGCCACCCGGAGCGAGAUUACCGAGGCGUGAACCGGCCGCUGGCGUUCCAAAUCGACGACUACGUCGACCCUGAAGUCGUCGCCGGCAUGCUGCUUCUCGCUUCUCCAAGAUCCGAUCUUGCUGGUCCGGACGAGCUCGAAUCGGAGCAACACGCGGCGUCGUCGAGUCAGCCAAGUCACCAGGGGAUCAAAAAGCUCAGACCUGAACAAAAUUCCGCCGGCGCAUCUGCCGCAGGGGAGAGGACCUACCCAUGCAGCCUCUGUUUCAGGGUCUUCUCUUCCCACCAAGCGCUCGGCGGGCACACGGCGAGCCAUAACAAGGACAAGACGACCAGUAACGGUGAAGAAGCAGACAAGGAAGCAGCCACGAGGAAAUCGGCGAUCACCGAGCACAAGUGCAGAUUCUGCGACGUGAGCUUCACGAGCGGGCAGGCUCUCGGCGGCCACCAGAGACGGCACUUCAAGGAGCUCUCGAUCCAGCAGGCUCAUGAUCCAGCCGCGUCUCCGUCGACUCGGUCAUGCGAAGCCGAUGAGAUGGGGAGCAACCGAGCUUCUGCUUCGUGUUCGGAGAGCGAGGAGGCAGUGAGGAAGAAGCAUCGCGUGGUGAUGAUGGACCUGGACCUCAACCUGGAGCCCAGCCUGGAAUGA